CAGGAAUACUGACGAUGAACGGGUCAGUACCCAAGCAAGAGUCCAUGUAGUCGCGAAUAUUUAUUUUAAACAACAUCGGGGUUAACGGCACCGAGGUAAUCCCAUUAAUAAUUGAUCCACUUGUGGCUUCUCUUCAACUGAAAUCCGUCGACAUCAAUCCAGGACAGCGGGAAGAAAGAAGUUCCCCCCUACCAGAUGCUGCCUGGUCUGCUGAGUUCCUCCAGCAUUCUGUGUGUCUUGCUUGUGUAUGGUUCAUACAGAUCAGAUCAUUACACAAUGCAUUGGGGUAGAGCAAGAUCAUGGCAUCUGUUAAAAUUGAAUGUGUUGUGAGUGGGCGGUAUUCAGUCGCAGAAAGCCCAGUCUGGGAAGAGAAGGACGGCACUCUUCUCUAUACAGAUAUCACCGAACAGAACGUGUACAGGUGGAAUCCAGUUGAUAACCAAGUUAAAAAAGUCCAUGUUGAUGCACCUGUUGGUUCUGUUGUUCCUCGAAAUUCUGGGGGUUACGUCCUGGCUCUUGGAAAAAAGUUUGCUUUUUUGGAUUGGGAGAAACAGGUGGUUACUGACAUAACUGAGGUCGACAGUGACAAAUCAAACAGCAGAUUCAACGAUGGCAAGGUUGACCCUGCUGGGCGCUUUCUUGCAGGGACAAUGGGACUGGAGGUUCGUGCAGUUGAAUUUGAAAGGCAUCAGGGAUCUCUUUAUGCCUUACAGACAGAUCAUUCGGUGGUCAAACACUUUAACCAGGUGGAUGUUUCCAAUGGUCUCGCGUGGUCAUUGGAUCACAAGAUCUUCUAUUACAUAGACAGCUUGUGUUUUUCUGUGGAUGCAUUUGAUUAUGAUCUGCAGUCAGGAAAGAUCUCAAAUCGAAGGGUCGUUUACAAGCUUGAACAAAGUGAGAUCAUACCUGACGGGCAAUGCAUUGACCAAGAAGGGAAGCUCUGGGUUGCUUGUUAUAAUGGCGGGAGCGUCCUUCGUAUUGACCCAGAGACAGGUAAAAAGAUACAGACAGUGAAACUGCCUGUCAGUAAGACAACAUCUUGCUGUUUUGGAGGAAAAGAUUAUGCUGAUCUUUACGUAACAUCAGCUACCAAAAGGAUGGACCAAAAGUCACUUCAGAGGGAGCCACUGGCUGGUGGGAUUUUUAAGGUUACAGGACUGGGCGUGAAGGGGAUUCCGCCACAUUCUUUCAUGGGAUAGAAAAUUUCCUAGCAGCUUCACUGCCAAUGGAAAAGAGACCCAGCAAACAGCUGCAUGAACAAAAUGAAUAAAAAUUACACUAUAUCUAA